AUAAUAACAUAACGAUCCAUUUCGUGUAUGUAAAAGCUGAUUGAUUGAUUGAAAAGUUUUUCACAAGGUGUCACUAAAUGCCGUGUGUCGUAACCAUAGAAACAUGACGUUAAUACCUCGUACGUGAUAACUUUUUUAGUUAACCUUUUCAGCCUACCUCGUUAUCUAACUAGUUGUUAAGUCAAUUGGUUACGAAACUUGUUGCUGUAGGCAAAUUCAUUGAAAAGACUUCCUCUUCCUGCAAUCAUGGUAUACAACAAAAAUUAUUACCGCACACUGGGCGUCUCUGAAAAUGCAUCAAUGGAUGAAAUCAAAAAAGCGUACAAAAAUUUAGCAAAGAAAUGGCAUCCUGAUAAAAAUCCAAAUGAGAAAGAUCUUUCAGAAAAGAAAUUCAAAGAAAUAUCGGAGGCUUAUCAUGUUUUAUGUGACGGAACAAAACGGUAUGAUUAUGAUGAAGAAGCAAGACAAAAGAAAGAAUAUGAUGAAACAAUGAAUCAAAGAAGACAUGAUGAAAAAAUAAGAAGAAUGGCAAAAGAGCAAGAAGACUAUAUUCGAAAACAGAGUGAAAGAAGAGCAAGAGCACAUCACAAAUAUCCAUCA